AUGAUGUUUUGGUUUGCCGCCGGUGCAUCUUUCCUCCUAGCGCUUUCGAUCUUGGCCGUUGCCGACGGCCGGAAUUUGAUCAAGCUGCCGUCAGAAGCUCGCCAAUUCUUUGGCCUCUUUGAUGACAGUAACGGUGAUGCCAAUGACGAUACCGUGGGGACCAAAUGGGCCGUCCUUCUUGCUGGUUCCACCGGCUAUUGGAAUUACCGGCACCAGGCGGAUUUAUGCCAUGCAUAUCAAAUCCUCAAGAGAGGUGGUCUCAAAGAUGAAAAUAUCAUUAUUUUCAUGUAUGACGACAUUGCUUACAAUGAAGAGAACCCUAGGCCUGGAGUCAUCAUUAACAGCCCUCAUGGCGAGGAUGUUUAUAAAGGAGUUCCUAAGGAUUAUGUUGGAGAUGAUGUUACUGUCAACAACUUUUUCGCUGUGAUCCUUGGGAACAGAACUGCACUCACAGGUGGUAGCAGAAAAGUUGUACAUAGCGGUCCGAAUGAUCAUAUAUUCAUAUACUAUGCUGAUCAUGGUGGUCCUGGGGUGCUUGGGAUGCCUACAAAUCCUUACCUUUACGCAAAUGACCUAGUUGAUGUUCUGAAGAAGAAGCAUGCUUCUGGGACAUAUAAAAGCUUGGUGUUUUACCUUGAAGCUUGUGAAUCUGGAAGUAUUUUUGAGGGUCUUCUUCCUGAAGGCUUGAAUAUAUAUGCAACCACUGCAUCAAAUUCGGAAGAGAGCAGCUGGGGAACCUACUGCCCAGGCGACAAUCCUGGUCCUCCCCCUGAAUAUGAAACCUGCUUGGGUGACUUGUAUAGUGUUGCCUGGAUGGAGGACAGUGAAAUACACAAUUUGCAGAAAGAAACUUUGAGGCAACAAUAUCAACUGGUUAGAAGGAGAACUGCUAAUCAAAACUCUUAUUAUGGCUCCCAUGUCAUGCAAUAUGGUGACUUGAAGCUAAGUAUGGAGAAUCUUUUCCUGUACAUGGGUACAAAUCCUGCAAAUGAUAAUCACAGUUUUGUGGACAACAAUGCACUGUAUUUAUCUUCGAAAGCUGUUAACCAGCGUGAUGCUGAUCUUUUACAUUUUUGGCAUAAGUUCCUUAAGGCUCCUGAAGGCUCUGUUAGGAAAUUUGAAGCUCAGAAGCAGCUUGCUAAUGCUAUGGCACACAGAACACACAUCGACAGUAGUAUCAAACUUGUCGGAAAACUUCUCUUUGGAAUCAAAAAAGGGCCUGAAGUGCUAAAGACCAUUCGGCCUACAGGCCAACCUAUUGUUGAUGACUGGGACUGUCUUAAAUCCUUGGUUAGAUCAUUUGAGACGCACUGUGGAUCACUAUCCCAGUAUGGAAUGAAACACAUGCGUUCUAUCGCUAACAUCUGCAAUGCUGGCAUAAAGCAAGAACAAAUGGCUGAGGCAUCGGCUCAGGCAUGUGCAAGUUUCCCAUCCAGUUCUUGGAGCUCUCUCUACAGGGGAUUUAGUGCUUGA